AUGCUACACUCAUUAUACUGCAUGAAUCAAACCGCAGAUAUUAUCGCUUACAGCAAGAACUAUCGACCGAAGCGUUACAUUAACGAGCUGGUAGACCAGACGCAGCGUUCGAAUGAGUUAAGGGACGAAGAAACUGCGAGCUGCAGGCGACGCAGCAGUCGGAUCAUGAACGUUGCCGUCGAGGUGGUGACACCGUGUACGUGUAAGAACGAGAGCAAAGCAGUGGGUGUUCGCUAUGCUACAGUCUUUAUGCGCAGCAAUUCUUCCUUACGGACGACACAUCCGGAAAUUAUGUGCACCGUAGAUAUCGUAUCGGGUCAUCUCACUUCCUUCCUACUGAACGACUGUGCCCAAAUGCUGCUGCCCAAGCUUACAGUAGGCUCCUUGUUCAUGACCCAGGAGCACGCUCUCAUACUCGCUCACGGUGACAAAAUCCUCGGCUAA